GACGAUUGCUUCCAAGCCAACUUGAAAGAAAAAUUAUCUAAGACCAUUGAAUUGGAUACCCCAACCUCUUUCACCCCUUUAGAUCGAUUCAUAGACCUCAAUGAUUGGUCAAAUAGCUGGGGGACAAUGGAUUACGUGUUUACGGUAUUCUGUAUUCUGACUAUUGUUUCUUUUGGAAUGUCGUCCUAUCUAACGUGUAAAAUGAUGGUUUGUUCAACCACUCUGAUUCAAAAUGCUCAAGGGUUGCUUAUAUCGGAACAAAACAGGAAGGCAGAAACUAAGGUAGAACAGUAUGGGUUAGACGUUGACACGAUGAUUCAGGUUAUGGUCCUUAUGAUUAUCUCCUUCAUGACUAUUUAUCUGUGUGUUUUCUUUUGGAAGAAGUUCACGUCAGUGAGACGCUUCUUUGGGCUGAGGAAUUCAGUCAACUGUGAACUGAAGCUGGUUUUUCUAACGUCCACCAACAUGGUAGAAUUGUUUCUUUCGAAUAUACCACUGGAUUUAGUCCCAAUGAUUAGGUAUUCUAUGGGUCAGAUUGGGA